AUGGUCCACGUCGAAGAAUCUCUCCAACUCCCUAGAGAUUUCGAAGGUUUUGGUGAAGAUGGUCAUGACGCACAAUGGCCAAACGGCGCCCGUAUUGCAGUCUCAUUUGUCCUCAAUUAUGAGGAAGGCGGCGAGCGCAACCCACUGGAUGGCGACGGUACUAGCGAGCCCUAUCUGUGGGAGAAAGGCCCCUCGGGCGGUGGAAGAGAACAGCGCCAUGUGAACGGCGAGCAAGACUAUGAGUAUGGCAGCCGAUGUGGUGCUUGGCGAAUACUUCGUCUGAUGAAGGAAUUUGGCUGGAACAUGACCCUUUGGGCCAUUGCAGUAGCCAUGGAAAGAAACCCUACAUUUUCCAAAGCAUGUGUAAGAGAUGGCCAUGAGAUUGGUGCCCAUGGGUAUAGGUGGCUUGAUAUCUGGGACUAUUCGCUUGAAGACGAUAAAGCGUAUAUCAAGAAGACCUGUAAAGCUUUGGAAGCGGCAACCGGUGAGUUUCCAGUAGGAGCGUACUUUGGCAGAGGAACACCAAACACAGCCAGUCUGCUCCCAAUCAUGUGGAAGGAGAUGGGCCAUAAGAUGCUCUACACAUCGGAAGUCUACAACGAAGACUCGCCAUACUGGAUUGAUCUGCCAUGGGAGAAACAACUGCCCGAUGCGGAGAAAGAGGGCCUGUUGAUGAUGCCGUACAACUAUGAUUGCAACGAUGGGAAGUUCCACAUGCUUCCUGGCUUCGUAAGCUCAGCUGGUGCAGUAUACGAGCAGUAUCUCAAGGACACAUUCGACUGCUUGUAUAGAGAAGGCGGUAAGAUGAUGACAAUCCCUCUGCACUCCAGGAUAGCUGGUAAACCAGGAAGAUCAGAGAGUCUGAGAAACUUUAUGAAGUAUAUCUCUGAGAAAGAAGGCGUUUGGGUCGCGACUCGCAGAGAUAUUGCGAACCACUACCGCGAGACUUUUCCCUACAAGCCCGGGUCGAAGACUGGUGGUUGGUAA